AUGAACGGGGGAAUUUCCAAGACGCGGACGCGUCGCUCUGGCGUGAGACUCUCCAAGGCCUUACAAGAAACGCUGCUAGCCGCCGUCGCGAGGGCAGGUGCAGAGCCUCCUCAGAGCCCCGAGGAGCAAUCGCCAGUGGGCAGAUAUCUCCCCUGGGACGCGCUUUUGCAGUCUACGAAAAGGUCGCUUGAUGCGACUUUCGACAUCGAUCCGCUGCCCGCGAAGAGAGCCCGGCAACAGCCCCCGAUUGGGAACGGGAGACCAGAGCAAGCGGCCGAGCAGCCAAAGCCUAAGCGUCCUACGCGACCGUACGCCUCGUUUCUCAAAGACUUCAUCGAUCCCGUCCGUCCGAACCGCCCCGACUCUCUCGACGCCUUUGUUUCCGAGUGGCUCGAGUCUAUCGGGUCGGACAGAGAAAAACGCUGCCGGUCAGAUAGCCAUCUUUAUCAUACAGACGACGACCCGGUUUCGAGGCAGCUCGCGAGAUCGGCGCCGGAGAUGGGUUACACAACGGGCGCCGACGGGUUCACGGUGCCGCCGACGCGGCCUUCGCUUGUAUCCCGUUCAUACCAGGCAACAGAGGAUUCUGCUUCCAGCACUGCCCGUGUUCGCCAUCCGUCUUAUCGUCAAAACAACCUAGGGUCAAACGGAGUUUAUGUUCGAGAUUCCCGUAACCAGCUUCCUGACCAUGUCUCCUGUCAUGUCGAGACAUUACGAACAAAGAAACGGGACUCACCCGGUCCGUCGUCAGAGCAAAUUGACGGAUAUCUUGACGGACUGGACUCUCUUGCACGAGGAUGUACUGAGGCAGAUGUGGAGGGAUUUCUCGAAGACACGGUAUUUCCAAAAGUCUGGGAUCGCACCUAUGGAAGCUCGGCAGGCUUGGGAAUUGCCAAGUCAUCCCUGAUGUCUUCCCAUCUCAUUCCCAACAACCCUGAAAGCCCGUUUAGGGUUUCCGGGCCGAAACCCGAUCUCCUCUACGGAUAUUCUGGGUAUGAGGCCUUCACCCAACCACAAUUCUUGGCCCAAGCUAGUCUGCAUCGAAAUGCACGAUUUGCGGAAGCGACAACACAAGGCCUCAGGUUUCCGUUCUUGGCCGUCGAAUUCAAAGCUGCUGGAGGUACUCAAGGUGACCUCUGGGUUGCUGCAAAUCAGUGUGCCGGUGCUUCAUCAGCGUGCCUCAGCGCUAUGAGCCAGCUAAACAAGUCGCUUCAAGAGUACCAGAGAGUAGAGCGUGUCGACAACUUCUCCUACAGCAUUGCUGUAGACAAUAACACCGCCCAAAUAUACAUAUCAUGGAAGGAAGAUGACUUGAACUAUUGCCUCCAACGAGUUGAUGCUUUCCUGCUAUCAAGGCCAGAGGAGUUCAAGGACUUCCGUAGUCGAGUGCGAAACAUUCUCGAUUGGGGAAAAGACACACGCCUUACCCAGAUCAGGGAUGCAUUGGAUGUCAUCCUUGAGGAACACAGGAAGAGAGCUUCCGAGGUGGCGAAGUCUCGCCUACCGCCGUCUGUUGAUUCUGCCACCACCUCACACAAUGCCUCGUCGUCGCGCAGAACUAGAUCUGACGGUGCACGAUAG